GCAGCAGCUGUGCUUGAGGCAAGCUUUCCCUGGCCUAAGACUUUUGGGGAGCCAAGAAAGACACUCUGGACUCCACUAUGGACAGCCUCCUGAUGAAGCAGAGGAAGUUUCUUUACCAUUUCAAAAACGUCCGUUGGGCUAAGGGUCGCCAUGAGACCUACUUGUGCUAUGUGGUGAAGCGGCGAGACAGUGCCACCUCCUUUUCAUUGGACUUUGGUCACCUUCGAAAUAAGUCGGGUUGCCACGUGGAAUUGCUCUUCCUGCGCUACAUCUCCGACUGGGACCUGGACCCCGGCCGGUGCUACCGCGUCACCUGGUUCACCUCGUGGAGUCCCUGCUAUGACUGCGCCCGGCACGUGGCUGACUUUCUGAGAGGGAACCCCAACCUCAGUCUGAGAAUCUUCACCGCGCGCCUCUACUUCUGCGAGGACCGCAAGGCUGAGCCCGAGGGUCUGCGGCGGCUGCACCGCGCGGGCGUUCAAAUCGCCAUCAUGACCUUCAAAGAUUAUUUUUAUUGCUGGAAUACUUUCGUGGAAAAUCGUGAAAAAACUUUCAGAGCCUGGGAGGGGCUGCAUGAAAACUCAGUUCGUCUAUCCAGACAGCUCCGACGCAUCCUUUUGCCCCUAUAUGAAGUGGACGAUUUACGAGAUGCAUUUCAUACUUUGGGACUUUGAUACCAACCUCCAAGAAUGUCACAUACAAUGAAAUAUCUCUGAAGAUAGUGUGUAAAAGAACCAUCCUUCAAGAAUUCUGUUUUUCUUCAACUCUCAAUAUCUUAGAGUUUGGAGAAAUAAUAUUCAUAUUUAUAUGACUUUAAAAAUGUAUCUCAAAAAUGGAGAAGGAAUACAGGCCCAGGAGAUAAAUGCUGCAGCUAGUGCACUUUUUAAUGCAACAGCGUCCCCUACUGGGGGAUGACAGAACUGCAGAGUCUGGGAGCGCCUAAAGUGUUAACGUUCUUCUACAACUGUUUAGGCAGGGAAGUGGAAGAUAAAUACUUACAAGCAUGGUGAAAGGAUAAAGUGUUUUCAUAGUCAUCAAAUGUUUUUUAUUUGAUUCAUUCUGAGUUUUCAAUAGCAGUGAUAGAUUUUUACACUCUUUUCCUUUAAGGUUCACUUUCAAAUGAACCAGAAGUGAACAAAUUUCCAUCAGGUCAUGUGUAGAAUCUCUUAAUGAGAAACUCGGGGUGCUCGUAACUGGGAGACAUCUCUUCAAAGCAUUGGUAUCCAAGCAUGUGCUGUAUGUUUUAAUUAUUUGAGACAUGUUUUUAUGUUUGUACAUAAGAGGAUUGGGGGGGGUAUGGAAUGUGCCUUGUCACCUUCAGACUAUUUGAUAAUAAAGAGCCUUACAAUGAAGAUGAGGACUGUGAAACUGAUGCCCAAAAUGCAUGGAUGCUUCUAGUGACAAAUCUGGAAAACACAUCUUUUUAAAGUAGUCCAUAGUUUA